UUGAAGUUUCGGUAUUCGUAGCUUGCUGGUGUAGCAUGUAAUGAUAUAUAUAAUGGUCCUAUAUUCAUCAAAAUUUUUAAUCUCUAAUGUUUAUUUACACAUGUGAAUUGUGAAUAAAAAGUAGUAGUCUGAACUAGGUUUGUUAGCCAUUUUGUUAUGUCAAGAUUUUGUCUUUUUUCAACACUGAUUGAGAGCACUCUGUCUCGAUUCAUUGUUUACCACUUUAGGACGACAAAUUCUCAAAGCAUAUGAUAAUAUAAAAUAUAAAUACAUUGUAGUCUGCUUGAAAAUCAUUAUAUAUACUGUUUUGUUUAAAGAAAGCCAAGUUCUGAAAGUAAAAUAUGAAUCCCAACAUGAAUAUGCAUAGCAUGCAACAGAUGAACAUUUCGCAAGUCGGUGGACCAAAUCAAAUGAUGCAGCCUGGGGUAUCGCCAGUUUCUAUGAUGCAAGCUUCCCCUCAGCAACAAAUGCAAGGCCAAAUGCAAGCGCAAGUUUCGAAUGCCGCACAACAACAGCAGCAGCAGCAACAACAACAACAACAACAACAGCAAGCUGAGAAAAUGGAUAACAUCCUAAAAGUCAAGAGCUUACUGUCGCCAUUACGUGAGUCUCUUUUUCUUACACUGCGUACUGGAGCUUUCUCGUUGCAAGAACAUAAUUUAGCAGAUAAUCUUAAACGCGACGCCGCAUCGCACGCUGGACGAUUUGAAAAACAUUUGGAAGACUUUUAUGCAUAUUGUGAUCAAAUCGAGUUACAUUUAAAAACAGCUAUUCAAUGUAUGCAACAGUUAUCAUCUGCACAACACUAUUUGCCGAGCGCAGUGACGCCAGCUCGUAUGGAACCAUACAUGCAAGAUAAUUCUGGUGGCCCUAUGACAUACUCUACGUAUCUGAACAUUGUUCGCGUGCAUGUGCAAUCAGCUAAAGAUAUCCACGAUACUUUAAUUAGUGCGGCGCAAAACAUAUCUCAGGCUGAUUGAUGAAUACUCUAAAUAAAAGUACUAUUGUGCAAGCAAAAAAAAAGAAAACUUACAUUGUAAAAACUAAAAAAAUUAAUUAAAAACUAUUAAAGAGCAAAAAGGUGUUUGUACGUAUAAAUCUUAUACACAUUAUUAUUAAAUAAUGACUAAUUAUAUAUAUAAGAAAAUUAUUAUUUUUCAUUCUGUGAAAAAAUUAUAAAUACUUUUUGGAUGUAAAACAUAAUUACAAAUAUAUCAAUUAAAAAUGCAUAUACAUAUAUACAUAAUAAAAUAUGUAUUUUAAAUGACAAGUUUGGUGACAACAAUUUGUAAGAGAAUCAUUCAUAUUCCAAUUAUUGUGUAUCUAUAUACAUAAAGAUAUGUAAGCUUUUUAUAAUAUAAAUCUAAUUCAAGUAUGAGUGUUAAACUACAAAGCUUUUAUUAUUACUUUUUUUUCGAUGGCAUAAUAUUAACAUUCUACGCCGGUUGAGUUUCUAUCAGCACCUUAAUGUACCUAUAUAUUUAUCUGUAUGUAACAUGAAUGUAUGUGUGUAUAUCAGUGUAUAGUAUUUUGAUCACUCUCAGCAAUAUCACUUUAUAUAGCUGGGCUUAGCCGUAACUGAAAAACAGACAACUGAAUUUAUGGAAGUUCAGUCUAUUCAGUGCGCUCAUUUAGUGAAGAACAUUAAAAAACGUAGUUAGCAAAGUGAUUUGUUAAGGGAAAGACAAAUUAAAAUGGCGAAACCAGUUUUGUACUAUGCUACACUUAGCCCACCAUCGCGUGCUGUUUUAUUAACAGCAAAAUUACUUGGCCUCGAUUUGGAAUUACGUCCUGUUAACCUACUGAAAGGCGAGCAUCUAACAGACGAUUUCAUUAAAAUGAACCCACAACAUACCAUUCCCACUUUAAUAGAUGCAGAUGGCGUAGUGGUCUAUGAUUCGCAUGCCAUUUGUGGUUACUUAGUGGACAAGUAUGGAGAGAAUGACAAAUUGUACCCAAAGGAUAUAGUAAAACGUGCGCAAGUGAAUGCACGUCUACAUUUCGAUUCUGGUCAUUUAUUUGCACGCUUGCGUUUUCUUUAUGAACCGAUUUUAUAUUGUGGUUCAACCGAUUGCUCGAUGGAUAAAAUCGCUUAUAUUCAAAAGACGUAUGAAAUCAUGGAGGAAAUGUUAAAGGAUCACCCCUAUGUAUGUGGUGAGGAUUUGACAAUUGCCGAUCUCUGUUGUGUGGCAACGAUAACUUCUGUUGACGAAGUCGCCCCUAUUGAUGAGUUCAAGUUUCCCAAAUUGUUAGCUUGGUUGAAACGUUUAUCCGAACUACCUAAUUAUCAGAAAAUCAAUCAAGAUGGUGCUGACGAACUGAAGAAAAUCUUUAAAGAAAUUUUAGCUAACAAUCGCACAAAACAAAAGUAAUUAAGGCUUUUGUAUUUAAAAAAAAAAA